GCGUCGCGUAAUCUGACCGCAGAACAGUCGGUGGAGCGUCCUGUGUUCUCCAGCACGGAGCGCAGAGCAGCGGAGACAAGAGGAGAGCUAGAGCAGCUCCGAGCAGGCCCGCCAUUUCAGUGAAUGCCUUUAGUGCUUUCACUCCGAAGGGUGGCGACUGGCGAAACCAGAGGGGAGGAGAAAGACAGGGAUUCGGAGAGCACCCGCGAUGAGAGAUGAGUCAGCUUGGAGACCUUUAGGAAACAUAUUUACCGGUUUUACUAUGUAGCGAGCAAGUAACACUCAGCAUUUUUCCCUAAAUAUAGGAUUCUACGUAUCUAUCUGUGGUCUUGCGAUACGUUAUUUAUCCUUAUAGCUACCUUUCUCGCCGCCUCGACGGUCUAUUUCAAAUCGCCACUUAGGCUGCUCAAUGCCAAUUUACCGGCAAGCACGUCAGUGGAAAUAUCAUUGUCAGUUUCAUUCCGAAAUUUGAAUAUAUUAUCAGUACACUCGUCUUUGUCUACAAACGCGAAGAUGUCGGGGCAGAGCAUUACGGACAGGAUAACUGCAGCUCAACACAGCGUUACCGGAUCAGCCGUCUCCAAGACAGUAUGCAAGGCGACAACGCACGAAAUUAUGGGCCCCAAGAAAAAACAUUUGGACUACCUGAUCCACUGCACCAAUGAGAUGAAUGUAAACAUCCCCCAGCUGGCUGACUCCCUGUUUGAGCGGACCACCAACACCAGCUGGGUGGUCGUCUUUAAGUCUCUCAUCACCACACACCACCUCAUGGUCUACGGCAACGAGCGCUUCGUCCAGUACCUGGCCUCAAGGAACACACUAUUCAACCUCAGUAACUUCUUGGAUAAAAGUGGAUUACAAGGGUACGACAUGUCAACCUUCAUCAGGAGGUAUAGUCGCUACCUGAAUGAAAAGGCUGUGUCAUACCGGCAGGUGGCAUUUGACUUCACUAAAGUAAAGCGUGGGGUGGAUGGUGUGAUGAGGACGAUGAACACAGAGAAGCUCCUGAAGACGAUCCCCAUCAUUCAGAACCAGAUGGAUGCGCUGCUCGACUUUAACGUCAACGCUAAUGAGCUCACUAACGGGGUCAUCAACGCAGCUUUCAUGCUGCUCUUCAAAGACUCCAUCAGACUCUUCGCCGCCUAUAAUGAAGGCAUCAUCAACCUGCUGGAGAAAUACUUUGACAUGAAGAAGGUGCAAUGUAAAGAGGGCCUGGACAUUUACAAGAAGUUCCUGACCAGGAUGACCCGCAUCUCAGAGUUCCUCAAGGUGGCCGAGCAGGUGGGGAUUGAUCGAGGGGACAUCCCAGACCUGUCCCAGUUCACGGUGUGUGCUCCCAGCAGUCUCUUGGAUGCCCUGGAACAGCACCUGGCCUCUCUGGAGGGAAAGAAGGUGAAGGACUCCACAGCAGCCAGCAGGGCCAGCACCCUGUCCAAUGCCGUGUCCUCUUUGGCCAACACCGGAAUGUCCUUCACCAAAGUGGACGAGAGGGAGAAGCAGGCUGCGCUGGAGGAGGAACAGGCGCGCCUCAAAGCUCUCAAGGAGCAGAGACUGAAGGAGUUGUCCAAGAGGCCGUCAUUUGCCACCACAGACACAUCUCCCGUCGCCACCACAGGGGGCAGCAUCAGCACAGCUCCAGCCAUCGACCUCUUCUCCACGCCCAGCUGCUCCAACGGUGCCCUGAAGAUGGAGAACGACCUAUUUGACCUUCAGACGACCUUCCAGCCCCCAGUGCAGCCCAGCACCAGCAUGGCUUCUGGUUGGGGAGAUCCUUUCUCUUCCUCUGAGGCGGUCGAUGACGCCAUUCCAAACCUUAACCCUUUCCUAACCAAACUUGUUGUUGAGGCGUCUCCUGUCCCUGUAGUCUCCCCUGAGGGAGUUAGUUUGUCUUCUAGGACUGCAGGGCAUGACAUGUUCAGUGAUCAAUACAAUCCCUUUAUUGACCCAAGCUCGUCUCUUUCAACCAAUUACAAACGCACAGUUCGGAUAGAAAGCCUGAUCUCAGACUCUUUCGGCUCGUCCACCAUGCUCCAGCACCUCCCCAACCCAUCCCCCUUCCAGUCUGAGCCCUCUUCUGUAGCUGGCCUCUUUAGAGGGUACUCCAUGCCCCCCGUAAACCAGCCCCAGCCCAAUGCCCCUCUCCAGGUGGACUUUGAGUCGGCGUUCGGCUCCAAAGCAGGCUCCAGUAGCCAGGACUUGGAUGACCUCGCCAGUGGGAUCCUGAAACCCACCAUGGUGUCCACCGCCCAAGGCCUCGUCCCCAACAUGCCAGAGAAGCUCGUAUCUGACGACCUGGACUCCUCCCUUGCCAAUCUGGUCGGCAGUCUAGGGAUUGGAAAUGGCACCACGAAAAAUGAUAUCCACUGGACGCAGCCGGGGGAGAAGAAGCUGACGGGAGGGAUGAACUGGCAACCCAAAGCCGCUCCCACCACCACAUGGAAUCCUGUUUCUAUGGCCCCCUCUGUCAUGGCGUUCCCCGCCACCACCCCCACUGGUAUGAUGGGUUAUGGCAUGCCUCCUCAGAUGGGCUCCAUGGCGAUGAUGACCCCGCCCACCAUGAUGUACUCCCAGCCCGUCAUGAGGCCGUCCAACCCGUUUGGCUCCGUAUCCAGUGCACAGCCCUCGGCUGCCUCUAGCCCCUCCAGUCAAAGUCCCCUCCGUGGCCCAGGACAGGAUCCCUUUGCACAGCUCUCUCUCAAGGACUUCUUGUAGAGCGUCUCUUAGAUGCAGUUCAUGUAAGCUGAAGGAUGAAGAUCUCCUCUGAAGUUGAAACCCCCUGCCCCACCCCCCUCCCCCCUCUCUGCCUGGGCCCUGAAGGAGCUGUACUCGUCACACGAUCAAACAUCAGAAAUAAAACACUCCACACCCCCAUCCUGGACGGGAGCUUGUGAGCGCC